AAUCUCUCCUACGAACGACAUCAGCAGUCGAGAAACGAAAAUUUGAAGUCUGAUCCAACAAAACCGCUUCCCACCUUCGCUUACUGUCUCAAAUUUCUGCACUUCUCUCUCUCUCUCUAGGCCGGAGCCGAUGGGUAGACCGCCGAGCAACGGAGGUCCUUCGUUCCGAUUCAACCCUACCGAGGUUGCUGAGAUGGAGGCUAUUUUGCAAGCACACAAUACUCAAGUGCCUACUCGUGACGUUCUUGUGUCUCUUGCUGAGAAGUUUAGUGCUUCAGCCGAGAGAUCUGGAAAGGUUGUGGUUCAGAUGAAACAAGUAUGGAAUUGGUUCCAGAAUAGGCGAUAUGCUCUCCGAGCAAAAGCAGCUAAAACUCCCAGUAAAGUGCCUGCUCCGGUCACACAUCAAAGUGAACCAACUAUUGUAAGAACAGUUCCCCAAGUCCCCCAACCUGGUCCUCCUCCUCCUUCAGUCACAGUGAGACCAAUGAUCCAAACUCCUCAAGGACCUCAACCCAUUGCUGCCCCUUCAGUAAGUGCAGGUAAGAAUGGUUCAGAUAGCUCCCAGAUGGAGUUUGAAGCAAAAUCUGCUAGGGAUGGUGCAUGGUAUGAUGUGGCAUCUUUUCUGUCACAUAGAUCCAUGGAAACUGGUGAUCCGGAAGUUCUGGUUCGAUUUGCUGGGUUUGGAGCAGAAGAGGAUGAAUGGGUUAAUGUUCGUAGAAAUGUUAGGCAGAGGUCUCUUCCCUGUGAAUCAUCAGAAUGUGUAGCAGUUCUACCAGGAGAUCUAAUCCUCUGCUUUCAGGAAGGCAAGGAGCAGGCUCUUUACUUUGAUGCACAUGUACUUGAUGCUCAAAGGCGCAGGCAUGAUGUAAGAGGUUGCCGCUGUCGCUUUUUGGUCCGCUAUGAUCAUGAUCAAUCUGAGGAGAUUGUUCCUCUGAGGAAGAUUUGUCGUCGGCCUGAAACUGAUUAUAGGUUAGAGCAACUAAAUGCUGAAUCUGCAACAACGAAGCAGCAAAAAUCUGGUACUGAUCCUCAAACAGCCAACACAUUGAGGGUCUAUGCUUUUUCCGAAACAGCGCAGAAACCUCCAGCUAUAUCAUCAGGGAAGCCAGUUGAACCAUUAGCUAAAAAGAUAAAGACGGAUGAGCAUGUGCAUGCUACCACUAUGACUUCUUCAGCUCAUAUUGAUGGAUCUGCCUCUACAUUAAACCCACCUAAGGCUGUGGACCACGUGAAUGCUGGAUCAAAUCUGCCUCCUAUGCAGCAACAACAAGCUAGUACUGAUGCUCAACCUGGCAAUACCUUAGAGGCCAAUGCUCCGGUUGAAUCACAAAAACCUCUGGCUGAGUCGGUGCAAAAGCUUCCAGCUGAAUCAAUGCCAGAGUCUUCAGCUGAAUCAAAAGUAACGCCCCCAGCUGAACCGACAUCAAUGCCUCCAGCUGAAUCAAUGCCAAAUCCAACAGUGCAAAAUACCGAGGAAGAGGAGCAUGCAACUGUUGCUCCCAUAUCCGCCGCUAUAAGUUCUGUCCCCACACCAAAUCCAGUUGAGUCAACAGAUGAGCAGCUUAACCCAGAGGAGAAUGCAAAUGUUGCUGUUGUGGCUCCUGUAGCCCCCGCUAUAAGUCCUGUCACCGCACCAAAUCCAGUUGAGCCAACAGACGGGCAACUUAAUCCAGAGGAGCAUGCUAAUGUUGCUGCAACAGUAGCUCCUGCUAUAAGUUCUGUCACCACACCAAAACCAGUUGAGCCAACAGACGGGCAACUUAAUCCGGAGGAGCAUGCUAAUGUUGCUGCAACAGUGGCUCCUGCUAUAAGUUCUGUCACCACAUCAAAACCAGUUGAGCCAACAGACGGGCAACUUAAUCCACAGGAGCAUGCUAUUGUUGCUGCAUCAGUGGCUCCUGCUAUAAGUUCUGUCACCACACCAAAUCCAGUUGAGCCAACCGACAAGCAACUUAAUCCAGAGGAGCAUCCAAAUGUUGCUGCAACAGUGGCUCCUGCUAUAAGUUCUGUCACCACACCAAAUCCAGUUGAGCCAACAGACGAGCAACUUAACCCAGAGGAGCUUACAAAUGUUGCUGAAACAGUGGCUCCUGCUACUAAUUCUGCCGACACAUCAAACCCAACUGAGGCCACAGACAAGCAGCUAAAGGCCUAUGAACAGGCUGCGCCAGCUGUAGCUCCUGACAGUCACACAGAUAUUUCUGUUGCAAAUGAAUACAAAGAUGUAUCAACAAAAGAUGCAGAGAAUGUCAGCUCAGAAAAUUUGGGAAUUUCAGAGAUACCAAUUCAGAGUGAUGUUCUGAUGGAAAUUUGCGCUGCUAUGGAUGAAGAUUCAAAUGCAGUGGCAGAUAUGACUGGUAUGCUCGAUACCGGUGGUGGUUCUGCUAAUGUGCAGCAAGGGUAGCUGUAUGUUCUUAUGCUUUCAGACUAGGAUUUAUAUAAACCUGUAAAAAUUAGACCAUUCUUCCAACGUUAACCAUUUCGUUUUGAGGCUAGGACACUCGUAUAAUGUUUUUAACUUGUAAAAAUCAGUUAAUUCAUCCAAUGCUUUUAACUUGCAUAUCAGGUACAAGUAUGAAAUUAAAUCCUUGAUAUCUUCUGA